CAGAGCAUCCGCACAUGGGAGUAACGCGAGUGGGAGCAAAAGGGUGGUAUGGGCGGUGUCUCCAUAUAAAUUCUUGCUCCAACUAUUUGCUCAACUCCUGCGCAGCACACCUCUCUAACUCUCUGGAUUGUUAACUUCCUCUAAUCGCAAUCAUGCCUUCUGAUUUGGAAACAUCGAUGGAGACCUUGAUCAAGGUGUUUCACCGGUACGCGUCAAAGGAGGGCGACAGUGGGACACUCAGUCGGAAGGAACUGAAAACAUUGAUGGAGGCAGAGUUGUCCGGAUUCCUAAAGUCUCAGAAAGAUCCAGGCUCUGUGGACCGCAUCAUGAAGGAUCUGGACACUAAUGGCGAUGGCGAGGUGAACUUUGAGGAGUUUGUGUCUCUGGUCGUGGGGCUCUCCAUCGCUUGUGAGCAGUGCUACCAGCUACACUUGAAGAAAGGAAAGAAGUGAGGUAGAGCGCAGAGUGUGUAGACAAGGGGUCGACAUGGGUGUGCCUUUUGUACCAAGUUAUUUUGUUAUGUGAGUUUCAAUAAAACACUGGCUUUUCUGAA